CUUUUCUUUCUCCUCUGCCUGACUCAUAUUUUCUGAAUGACUCUCAGUGAGUCUCUGUUCGGGCUGAAUCUGUUUUUUAGUUUUCAUGUCAUCAUCUUUCUCUCUGCCUCGUGUUUCCAUCGUCCCUCUGCGGCUCCCUCGGGUCAUUCCAUGGGAAAAGAAACUUUUCCUGCGGCCCUGGGAGAAAUCCAGCUAUUUUAGGAAAACACGUCACUGCUCUGAGCUGCAGCCCAGAAACUCUCCCUGGUUUCCAUCCUGCAGCUUCUCUGCUCCCUCGACUUGUUGCACAGGCUUCACCUUCAUGUCCCUGACACGUUGCUUUCAACUCCUGAGAUCCAGCACGAACCUGUUGUUUCUCGUGCACAUCGUGUAUCUGACCCGGAUCCUGUGAGUCGUGCACCACUUGUGGAUCCGCUCAGGCUCGUGCGGGGCUGAUGUGGAGACGUCAGAAAGGUUUGGUGUUGAAAAGGCUGCAGCGUGACACAAACAAGUGAGAGAGGCGACGGAGCCCGGAGCCACAGGUUCUCCUCUCACCGCGGAUUCAAUCAGACGAUUCCUGCAGGAGAUGCGAGAUCCUUCUUCCACGUCUCCAAACGCGCAUUUACGCGUUGAAACUGCAGGUCCACAUCCGCAUGUGUCCCCGUCCACAGCCGCACAUGUGAUAACCUUGAGGCUGUGCCACGCGGGGGACAACACGCUCAUUACGCACGACGCGUCUCUGUCUCCAAACCGCGGAUAUCGUGUCUCAAAUGGAUUCAUCGUGUUGUGAAGGCUCGCUGCUGAAUAUCUGGACCGGAUUCAUGUUGAGCAUAUGUGCGUGCGUGUGUGUUUUUGUUCCCCCCCCUCAGUGAGAGAGCGUGCACACACACGUCAGCUCGGGGAGGGCAAAGCCUGCUUAAAAUGCAGUGAAUGUGACAGCGGAGUCCAGACGACAGCAGCGUGUGCACGGAAAGGUGAGCGUGAAAAGUGCGGGUGGGGGGGCACGAACAUGUCAGAGGAACCGGUCCACCCGCGGACGUGACGCCGGCACCGGGAGGACACAGAGGGGGACGCGCGGAGACGCUCGCCUGGUUCCCAGAGACGCGCGGAGGAGCCGGACCGCGGCGCGGGGAGCGGCGCCCCGGGGGGCGGGGGGAAGAUGACAGUGGUGCCCGGGGAGAACCUGGAUGAGACUGUGGCUCUGGCCGCGCUGUCCGCCCAGGACGUGUACGACCCGGAGCGGGGCGACAACCAGGACUGCUGCGAGCGCGUGGUCAUCAACAUCUCCGGGCUGCGCUUCGAGACGCAGCUGAAGACGCUCGCCCAGUUCCCGUGCACGCUCCUGGGGGACCCGCGCAGGAGGAUGCGCUUCUUCGACCCGCUGAGGAACGAGUACUUCUUCGACCGGAACCGACCCAGCUUCGAUGCCAUCCUCUACUACUACCAGUCCGGGGGCCGGCUGCGCAGACCCGUCAACGUGCCCGUGGACAUCUUCAUGGAGGAGAUUAAAUUUUACGAACUUGGGGAAGAGGUGAUCGAGAAUUUCAAGGAGGACGAGGGCUUCAUCAAGGAGGAGGAGCGCCCGCUGCCGGAGAACGAGUUCCAGCGGCAGGUGUGGCUCCUGUUCGAGUACCCGGAGAGCUCCGGACCCGCCCGGGGCAUCGCCAUCGUGUCCGUGCUCGUGAUCCUCAUCUCCAUCGUGAUCUUCUGCCUGGAGACUUUACCGGAGUUCCGAGAGGAGGCGCGGGCGCUGGACGAGCACCUGCUGGUGAACGGAACCGCGCGCGUAAAGAAGCCAAACCCGUUCACGGACCCGUUCUUCAUCGUGGAGACUCUCUGCAUCAUCUGGUUCUCGUUCGAGCUGCUCGUCCGGUUCCUGGCGUGCCCGAGCAAACCCGCGUUCUUCAAGAACAUCAUGAACACCAUCGACAUCGUGGCCAUCAUGCCCUACUUCAUCACCCUGGGGCUGGAGCUGGCCGAGCACCAGGGCAACGGGCAGCAGGCCAUGUCCCUGGCCAUCCUGAGGGUCAUCCGCCUGGUGCGGGUCUUCAGGAUCUUCAAGCUCUCCAGACACUCCAAGGGGCUCCAGAUCCUGGGGCAGACCCUGAAGGCCAGCAUGCGGGAGCUGGGCCUGCUCAUCUUCUUCCUCUUCAUCGGGGUCAUCCUCUUCUCCAGCGCCGUGUACUUCGCGGAGACCGACGACCCGGAGUCGGGGUUCAGCAGCAUCCCGGACGCCUUCUGGUGGGCGGUGGUGUCCAUGACCACGGUGGGCUACGGGGACAUGUGUCCGGUCACCAUCGGGGGGAAGAUCGUGGGCUCCCUGUGCGCCAUCGCCGGUGUGCUCACCAUCGCGCUGCCGGUGCCGGUCAUCGUGUCCAACUUCAACUACUUCUACCACCGGGAGACGGAGCACGAGGAGCAGCUGCAGUACACGCACGUCACGUGCGGGCAGCAGCAGCCGCGCUUCGGGGAGUUCAAGAGGAGCGACAGCAAACCGUCCCUGUGCAAGUCCGACUACCGGGGCAGCGAGGACGCGGACUCCAUCAAACACACCAACUGCAGCCCGCACAAGGCGUGCACCGGGAAGCUCACCGACGUGUGACCGAGCCCACAGCACGCGCCACCGGGGCGCGCAGAGGGAGCCUGUCCGUGCCAUCACCAACACCCGUGCGCUCUGGUCCCGCUCCUUCCUUCUGCCAGCAGGGAACCGGAACCCCGCUCCUCCACGCGGACCCGCCACGUGCAGCACUUUGUCUUUUCUCUUAGUAAUUCAGUCUCUGGACCCUCGAGAUGAGGUUUAAAGUUUACACUUGAUUUCCUGUCGCUCUGCAGCUGAGACGCAUGAGGACCAACUCCAUCCGGAGCUACAGGCUGACACACGCACACGCACAUGCACACCUGUUAAUUCGGCCUCAUGUACUUUCCAGUCCGGCUCAGAGGCGGAUCAGACGGAACCGGUUCUCCUGUGACUCCAUGUUUGGGUUCGAAUCAGGCUUCUGCACAAAGAGCCUGCGAGACAACAACAGGGCCACAUGCACUGUGUUGUUGACGUGCACGCUGUUGUUAACGACGCACUCUGUUGUUGACGUGCACGUGCGCAGGCUUCAGGAGGUUAAACCUGUUUGUUAUGAAAACCAGGCGCAGCUUCUCCAAUCCAGGAGCGCCCCCUCGUGGAGGAGAACAGACCCUGCAUCCUCUUCUGGCGGAUGCAGUUUCUAUAGCAACCUCCCAGACGGGUCUGUAUCGUCUGCCACGGGAGCGAGAGGACGCAGGAUGGAAGAGCCAGGGAACCUCCAUGUUGUGGAAGCCUCCAUGUUGUUUGAGGAGCGAGACGUCGUUUCCACCGUCGACUGAAAACCGUCAAAUGUCAUAUUCACAAACAGUCGACGUGUUGAAGCUGCAGUUUAUUCACUCGGAGAAUAUGAAUCAUACACACGAUCCACGCUGAGCUGCAGAUAUUAGAAUCAUCUGUGUUUUAGGAUUUAAAUAGAUACAAAAAUAAUGAUAAUCACAGAUCACAGAGAUCAAACUGAGGUUUUUAAUUCCUGUGUUUUUAGUAGAAAAAAACAAACAGGAUUCAAAUAUAAGAAAAAUAAAAUCCUGUGAUUCAGGAUCUGAGGAUCUGAACUAAUAUGAACUGUACAGACGUUGAUGUGAGAAAAACAAACACUGAGCUCAUUCAGAUGUUUACAUGAAGUAUUUAUUUAAAUUCAAACGCAGUGAAAAAGCAACACAACUUUGAUAUUUAGCUUCAUAACCAUGAAAACUCUAUAUAUCCAUAUAUAUGUAUGUGUAUAGAAGAAAAAUAAGGACAAACUUAAUUCUUUAAUCUGUUAAAAUGAAAUUGACUUUGUGAUUAAACUAUUCAGCCUCUGAUGUUGAAAAUAUUAAAUAAUAAAUAAAGAAUCACAUCCACAUAAAAUUCAAAUUGAUGUUUUCAAAGUUCAUAUUUCAGAGCGAUUUUUUAAAUUUCCAGUUCAAUGUUAAAUUUUUAGUUAUAAAAUUCAUGUUGAUUCCAUAGACAAAAAAAAUACUGACAAUCACAACUGAUCAAAUCAGCUCAUGUGUCAGUUACACUCUUAUCUUUUUAUUCGAUUAAUUAAAAACACUCAAAAAUCACAAACUUAAUUUUCUGCCUCAAUCAACCAAGAGUUCAUUUCUUCAGGAUUUAAUUUACUGAAAACACACAAACAACCAACAGGUCACAUGUCGUCUGGGAGGUUUCCUCAUCCGGACACAUCUGGACACAUCUGGACUCCAGAGACAAAUCACUCAACCAAACCUGCUGAUAAAAAAAAUGGAAUUUUUGAAAAUGAACUGACGGAAUAAAAACAACAGACGUUUUUCCACUGUGAAGGUCACAUGGUCACAUGGUCACAUGGUCACAUGUUCCUGUUUGGAUUAUUAUCUGAUGGACGACAGACGACGACUCGUCCAAACUGAGGUGAAGAACGUCCUCCACUUUGUCUUCACGUCUCGAGUUCCUCACCUCUGCUUCUGUCCCUCCUCCUCUUCUUCAUCUUCAUCUUUCUUCCACUGACGGACGUGAAUUCAAACAACGCACUCAUAGGAAACACGCAGCUGUGAGACGCCUUCCGACAAGAGGACCUCCUGACUGGUCUUUGCACAGAGCGACGUUAGGACUCUGAGGUACAACGAGCGUUACUUGAAUCAUCGUGUGUUUACAACACGGAGUCGUCCACAUGUUCCAGAUGUUUCACUGAGAAACUGUCUGUUGCAUAUCGUGUUCAAACCACGACUUGUUACUGCAUGUCUGGAAAGUAACGCACGGAAACAGAGGGAAACAAGUUGGACUCUGUGUCGACGGCUCAACCCAACAACACUGAUCUGAAAUAUGGGAACAACAACAACAACAACAACAACAACAACAACAACAACAACAACAACAACAUCGACAUCAACUCAUCGAUAUCAAGUUUACUCAAAUAAUUCUGUUCGACCACUGGGGUGAGUUUCUAAAUCUAUAUUUUUAAAGUAUCAUACUGUUAUUUUUUUAUAUUGAGAGAAAUCGGUUAACUUGUGAAUUAUUUAGUACAUUUUUGCAGAAGCAUUAAAAAAAUGUUUUCGCUUCAGUAAAAACAAACGAGCUCAGAUGAAAACACGUGUUUUUCCUGAUGAAACCGACGAAUGUGCUGGAGAACAGGAAAGAAGCAGCUGGAAUGAAAUUCAUCGCAGACACCGACACUUUGUUUGAUAAUUCUGAAUGUUUCUGAUUGUGUGUUUUCUUUUCUUUUUUUAUCAGAAUGCUGUAAAAUCUGUUAAAUCAAUAUCAUCUACCUCAGUGUUUGCUCAUUAUCGACAGAAGCUUUAAUGACGUCAUCUGAACACAGUCGUCAGACCUGGGGUUUUAAUGUCUCUGUGAUUUUCUGGUGCAACUAAAUCAAGUCGAAUAAUCGAUAAACUGCCAUUUAGUAACUUAGAAAAUGAAAAUGUAUGAUCAUCAAAUUAACUGGGUUGUAUAAACUUGGGUUUUAUAUUUUAUUUGCACAUUUUAUUAACUUAUUUUUAAUAAGUCAGUGUGAUUGAAUGUCAGUGAUAUUGAAUUAAAAGGCAAUAAUGUAUUUCAGAUGGUUUCCUGCCAUCGAACCAAGGAGGCGGAGUCAGUUCCUCACAAACUUAAGAAGAUUUAUUCUUUAAUGAAACAUAAAGUCGACCGAUGGUGUAGAUUCAGUUUUAAGGUUUUUCACUUUACUCAGAAGAACACGUUGGAAGGUGAUGAUGGUUUGUGUAUCAGACACAAAGUUCAGACAAUUAAAGGAAAAGUUUCACAUUUUGGGAAAUCACUUCAAAUAUCCAGGUUGUGUUUAACUUGUAUCUGAACACAACCUUCUCCCAAAGUGUUGAACUUUGUUCUGAAUCAUCAUGAAACAUUAGUUCGUCCUCUCUUUGGUCCUCAGUGAUAAUAAGUGGAGGUUUGACGGAGGCAGUGAUGAGCUGUCGCUGGACGUGAGCUGCUCGUUGUUCUGCAUACUGUGUGUGCAUUAAUUAUAAUAUCAAUAAUAAUGAAAGACUUCCACAAAUCCACCUACGCUCAGUUUCCAUCACAUCUUAUUUUCAUGCAUCAUCAUCAGACCUUUUCACCAAACUCUCUCAUUUCAUGCAGAGACGAGACAAAGCAAUAGAGCGAGAGCUUCCUGAGCUUCGGAGCUGAAGCUGCUUCCUGGUUUUCAUUUCCACCUUUUGAUUAUUGCCAUGUUUAUUUUGACAAUCCUCAAUUGUGAUCUAUUUUUGAUAAAAUAAAACUUCAAUCCUGA